UAAGCCAACAUCAGCAGAAAAGAAGUUCAGAAGAAGAAGAAAAAAAGAGAAGCGGUUGGGGCCCUGGCCAAAAGUUCAUUAACAAAUCCAAUUGGACUUUUUUUCUCAUCUGUACGGGUCCCUCACCAGCAAUCAAAAUUUCGCCCAAAAGCAGACAGGAGGACCGGCCGGUCCUGACACGACUCGUCGGCAGGAAGCGGUUGAUCGCGGCUGGGGUGCUCGGCGUGGUCAUGGUCCUGGUGCUGGUAAUCCUGAUCCCGGUUUUGGUGAGUUCCGCCGGGACCUCCGCAGCGCACUACGAGAUGCUCGGCACCUGCAGGAUGGUUUGCGACACUUAUGGCACAAAGUCUCCGACCAGCACGGUCUCAGCAGACACGGUCCGGGACAGCAACCUAAUGCAGUCGUUACCAACUUUUAUACAAGGUCCGAAAGGUGAACCGGGGCGCCCGGGGAAAGCGGGGCCGAGGGGCCCGCCUGGGGAACCGGGGCUACCUGGACCGCCUGGACCUCCCGGGGAGAGAGGAGACCCGGGCCGACCUGGAUUACCGGGACAACCGGGACCGAAUGUGGCCACCGGUGCCAUCAGCGCGGCCACCUACAGCACCGUACCUAAAAUAGCUUUUUACGCAGGGCUCAAAAAGCAACACGAGGGCUACGAGCUGCUGAAGUUUGACGAUGUGGUCACGAACCUCGGGAAUCAUUACGACCCCACGACGGGGAAAUUUACCUGCUCCAUACCGGGAAUUUACUUCUUUACUUACCAUGUGCUCAUGCGAGGAGGAGACGGAACAAGCAUGUGGGCUGAUCUGUGUAAGAACAACCAGGUCCGUGCAAGCGCCAUCGCCCAAGAUGCGGAUCAGAACUAUGACUAUGCCAGUAACAGUGCCGUUCUUCACCUGGAGCCAGGAGAUGAAGUCUACAUAAAACUAGAUGGGGGCAAAGCCCACGGAGGCAACAACAACAAGUACAGCACCUUCUCUGGUUUUAUCAUAUACGCCGAUUAGGACACAUGCACCAACUCCUCGCCUCUACAGAACGGUCUCUCCUUCUCAUUCGCUAUUCCUCCUCUUUUAUUUUUUUUCUUCAUAUUUUUCCUUUGGGCCCGGGGCAAAUAGACAGACCUGCUCAAACCCCCUCAUCAUUAGUAUAUAGGUGUGGGUGUGAAGGCAGAACACAUUGCCCUGCAAUCGAAAAAUCAAUAAUGAACCAAAUACAGCCCAGGAACAAGCACUUCAUCACAAAGAGGAAAGAUAUACACUUGAAAAUAUGUAAGGAAGAAUCCACAAAGAAGAAUCUAAGGGAGUGACCGGAGUUCUGUGUCUUUCUAUGUCUGUGGCUAUCAAAGAAGCCUGUGAGAUAUUUUUUGAUGUGUAAUCUGACAUAAUCAACUAAAUGUGCAUUAUAGUAUACUGCGAUACUCGUUAUUCAUUCUUACUGUUCGUUAUAAUCAGGCCAUCUCAGUAAUACUUGGCAAAUCAGAUGCUUAAAUGAGUUUCAAGUUGCUUAAAGUUCCUAAUCUGCAUAUCAUAGAGCAUUAGCUCAAAUUAUGUCAACGUCAGUCAGAUAUCAACUGUAACCUGACCAAAAUGAACCUCUUGUGGUACUAUUGCAAAUAUAAAGUGGGGUCCAAAAGUCUGAAAUUACAUUACAAAUCUGGCCUUCAAAACCUAAUUAAACCAGGAAAUAAACAGAAGUUUUAGUAUUCUGAAAAAUGUAAAACAAAGACAUUUUUAUAAUUUGUGUCACUGACCAUGUUAACUUCGUACAGAAGGUCAGAUUUCCUUGCUUCAAUUAAAGCACACAUGAUGCUCUUUGGAACAUUUUCAAAUCAAGCUGGUUAACAUGGAUCAUCAGGUUUUGCACAAACUUGUUGAGUCCAUGGCAGCAAGAGUGCAUGUUGUCAUUUAAACACAAAGAAAUUCUGAAAUUCAUGUUUUUCUUUAAAUACUUAAUAUUUUCCACACAGAUUGUUAUGCCGAUAAUAUAAUAAUAAUAAUAAAAAUAAAAAAAAGAGAGAUUUCAGACUUUUGGUCCCUUUCUCCAGAUAUUCGUCCCUGACUGUUUGUGAGUGCUUCUGAAUUGGGAACAUAAAAUGAAACAUUAUACUUGGUGACAAUGGCUUGCAGUGACAUAUUCGAGAAUAGUUCAUGCUUUCAGCCUUCUACUGCAGUAUUAGUUCUGUCAAAACUCUGGAGUUUUUCUUUUUUGUGUGCUUGUAUUGUAAGCUGGCAUCUUUUAUUGCACACAGACGUACUAGACAGAAAAGGAAUAUGUUUUCUCGUGAUAUUUAGAGCACUAUGCAGAGUAUGGGUGUUAAUAUGUAAAUGUGUAUCUAUCUUCAGAGAUUUCCAGAAUGUGAUUAUUAAUAUUGCAACUUAUUUUCAGUUUAAAUAUGGUAAUAGUAGUUUAUUUUUUCUGUUUCAGUGUGAAACUCUUUGGAGAGCAUGAGGUGACCGCGAUGUAACAGUCUCUCGCUCUCUCAAUUUCAGGUUUGGGUGCAGAGGAAUGUGUGUGAUGGAUUCAUAUCUGAGGAUUAUUUUUUUUUUUUCCUGUCUUGCUGCUGUAAUUCUCAUUUGCAUCUCCAAACACU